AUGCGGGCUAAUGAGGCCGUGUUCCGAGAAGCUCUUGAAGAUGAGAGGGGCUUCAUGUGUUGUGCAUUUUCUGCUCGGGAGAGGUUCCUGAUGCUUGGUACCUAUUCAGGGCAGCUGAAGCUCUACAAUGUGUUUAGUGGACAGGAAGAGGGCCCUUCAGGACGACCAGGCGACAAAGGACCCCCGGGAUCUCGAGGUUUACCUGGAUUCCCCGGCCCCCAGGGACCAGCUGGCCAGGAUGGUGCACCAGGAAAUCCAGGAGAAAGAGGGCCUCCUGGAAAACCAGGCCCUGCUUCACUGCUGUCUCCAGAGGACAUAAAUCUCUUAGUAAAGGAUGUGUGCAACGACUGCCCUCCUGGUCCCCCAGGCCUCCCAGGUCUUCCAGGUUUCAAAGGGGACAAAGGGCUCCCAGGAAAGCCAGGGAGAGAAGGGACAGAAGGCAAAAAGGGAGAUACUGGGCCCCAAGGCCUCCCAGGGCCUCCAGGAGUAGCUGGACCACAGGGAAACCAAGGAGAGCGUGGUGCAGAGGGUGAGGUGGGACAGAAAGGCGAUCAGGGUCACCCUGGAGUUCCAGGCUUCAUGGGUCCACCAGGGAAUCCUGGGCCACCAGGAGCGGAUGGAAAUGCAGGCCCUGCAGGACCACCAGGACUUCAAGGGCCCCCGGGCAAAGAAGGCCCUCCUGGUCCCCAAGGCCCAUCAGGCAUUCCAGGACUCCAAGGAGAAGAAGGCAAACAGGGCAGAGAUGGAAAGCCUGGUCCCCCUGGAGAACCGGGCAAGGCAGGAGAGCCAGGCCUAGCAGGAGCAGAGGGAGCCAGAGGUCCACAGGGCUUCAAGGGACACACAGGUGAUCCUGGCCCACCUGGUCUGAGGGGAGAACCUGGUACUAUUGGCCCCCCUGGAAGAGAAGGAUCACCAGGAAAAGAUGUAAGUUGGGAUGCCUUGCCCUUCAGUGGUUCAGAGAACAAGGGAGGGGCACCUAGGGACCCUACCACAGUGGCAGUAAUUCUGAGUCCCACAAACUCCCUACCAUCAUUUGAUAUCAACAUGUUUGCCAUCACCAGCAUCACUAUUGCCAUCGCUAUGGUUACCACCAUUAUCAACAACACCACUGCACCACAUCCCCAUCAUUACUACCAUUACUAA